AUGGUACUAUCGAAUGGUCAUACAUGCGAUGGCGGCAAUCGAACUCUGCUUUGGUCACAAUUUUGUGAUGGAAUUAUUGAUUGCCAUGAUCGAUUCGACGAGGAAGGACGAUUUUGUAAACUUUGCCAAAACAAUCUUUAUUCAUGUCCGCCCAAAGAUGAUAUACGUUGUGAUUUAGCUUGCAAAAUGCUUCAUUAUGUACCGUGUCAAACUAUACAAGAUCGCCGAGCAUGUCAAUACAUCGAAAAAGAUUAUACGAAUAAUUUUCUUAUUGAGCUGCUCAAUGAAUUCAAAUUUUAUAUUGCUGCUACCAUCGCUCUUCUUGUUAUUUUAAUUGGUAUUGUUAUUCUAAUUAAAUGCUUUAUUCGUAGACGUAAACAAUAUAUAGUCGAUAGUUCAUUUAAAACAUCAAAUCUUUCUCAUGGUUCAAAUAUUGAAAUUGAAGCAGAUACAUUAUCUAGUCAUAUAUAUGAACAAUGUUAUGAACCACCGCCCUAUGAAGCUGCACAAAGAUAUUCAUUGAUGAAGACAUAUUACGAACAUGUAGUAUAA